GGCUAUGUUGUGUGCAAACCUAGCAAAUAGGACGGUAUAAAUAAUAAAGUAAUGUUAAUGCAACUGAAUGAUAUGGCUGAAGAAUAUUUCAAUAAUAUGGAAAAGUGUUGUUAUUUGUAGAGUGUCAUCUUCCAUAAAUUGAUUUAAUAGUGUACACUAAUUUUUAAACUUACAAGGUUAAAAUGUUUUCUGCACUAAAGCGACUGACUAGCAAAAAUGAGUCAUUACCUUCAUCAGGACCUCCAGGCCAUCAUACAAUGUCUCAAAACCUCCAGAAAAAGUUUGCAAAGGGAAUUCAGUACAACAUGAAAAUAAUAAUCAAAGGGGAUAGAAAUGUUGGAAAGACUUGUUUGUUUCAUCGACUACAAGGCAAGAAGUUUAUUGAAGAGUACACUCCAACUGAAGAAAUUCAGGUUGCUAGCAUUCAGUGGAACUACAAGGCUACGGACGAUGUAGUGAAGGUCGAAGUGUGGGAUGUCGUAGACAAGGGUAAGAAGAGAGUUUUGAUGGAAGGUCUCAAGCUGGGUGAGAAUGACGCCAGCCCACCAGCUCUAGACGCAGAGUUCUUAGAUGUAUACAAGGGAACUAACGGGGUCAUAUUAGUCUUGGAUAUUACGAAGAGUUGGUCGUUUGACUAUGUACAGAAGGAGUUGGCCAAAGUGCCAGCCCACAUCCCGGUGUUGGUGCUGGGUAACCAUUGCGACAUGUCACACCAUCGCACUGUCACAGCUGAUAUAGCAGCUGCGUACAUUGACACAAUACAGAGACCACUGGGAUCGGCUCAGAUCCGUUACGCUGAGGCGUCAAUGAGCAACGGCUUUGGGCUGAAGCUGCUGCACAAGUUCUUCUGUCUGCCGUUCCUACAGCUUCAGCGACAGACGCUACUCGGACAGCUGGAGCGGAACCAGGCUGAGACUCAGGCGACUCUUGAGGAACUUGAUCUGUUCCAGCAAAGUGAACAUGCGGACUACGACAAGUUUAUUGAGAACCUAACCAGCAAGAGGAGGCAGCAAGCAGACCUCAACAGCAAGAACGCCCCAGUGAUCAGCUCUAGUCAGAGUGCCCAGCAGAUAUCCCCAGCGAUGUCUGACCGGCCGCAGCCAGUACGGCCGAGUCCGUCAGUGCCAGAAAUGCGGCUAGCAGCUCCCCCUCCCCAGCCCUUCCCUAACACCCCUGUGACCGCCAAGAUACUCGGCCGGCCUUCCGAACCUGUAGAUGACAAGGUUGCAGCUAUUUCCAGUAAAAUCCAUAGUGUGGAAGAAUUUGUGCCUGAUGGGGGAGAAUUGGACAGGUCGUUUUUAGAGGAAUCUCCAACCAACAAUAAAGGUCAAGUAAGAGAAGACCCAGUUGACUCAGACAGUGAGGUGGAGACAGGCAACCCCCUGGUGGCAGGCUUCCAGGAUGACCUUGACCCUGAAGACACACUGAUUGUUAGUCCACCCUCACCAACCCCUCCACAAACAGAACUGGCCAAGAGAUCAGUGGAAAACGGACACUUUUCACCUCAGGAAACAGAAGAUGUUGAUGGAGGUUGUGUGGACAUCACAGGAGAUGCUCUGGAUGAGUGGGGAGCAACUCUGGGAGUGGGGGGAAGAGUGAGUCCUGAGGGAGGAGAGGACAGUGGCCCCGGAAACCACUCUCCGGAUACCAUGUUGCAGGCAUCUGACAAGCAAAAGGGUGAAAAAACAAAGAAGUCUAAACAGAAAAAGAAAACAAAUAGUAAAGAUAAAGAAAAAGAAAGCUUAAACAAAGAAGAGAAAAAAACAAAAAAGAAAAAAUCAAGUCGGAGAAGUAGCACUGUGACGGGGCCUGCUGGAGAAAGAGACGAGCUUGAAGAAUUUCUCAACUCUCAUGAUUCCGCAUAUGAGGCUUUCUAACCUCCAAAACUAUUGUUUAGCAUAUAUGUAUAUAUAUAUGCCUGUUAUCUCUAAAACACUGGAGAAGUAUUAAAUUGAAUUUACAGUCAAUGUCAUCCCUAAAUUGAUCAUGCUAGUAAUAUUUUGCCUAUGUCGACAUAACAAUAUACCGUACGCAAUAAGUCUCUGUUCAAGAUAGCCAAUAGAAUGUUUAUUGCAUAUACAAAUAUAUAUUUUUAAAAAUGUAACUGGGCUUGUGAUAGGAAAUUACGUAAGCCUGCUAAAAUUUUGUUUUAUACAGGGUGACACAAAGGAACCGGACGUUUUUUUAAAUAAGCAGUACACAGUAGUUAAAAGGAAUAAACUGGUUUUAAUACUGUACAUAGUGAGGUAAACAUUUGCCAUUUGUUACAAUACAGUCAUUUUUUGAAAAUGACUUCAUGCUUAUGGCGGCCAUGUACUUAUCUACAAAUGUUCAUUCUGGUCUGAAAAUCAUCUGAAACUCGGGUCAGGAGGUCUUGUUCAAUGCCAUUGAUAUCUUCUAUGAUUACAAACUUCAUAUCCUCUAGUGUGCGUGGUUUGUGAGCAUGAACACGCUCCUUAAGAAACACCCAAAGGAUUAAUCACUAUUGGACUAUUGCACUAGUGGCCACGGUAUGUCGACAAAACGAGAAAUCACCUUGUUAGGAAACAUUCAUUCAAUACUGCUCUCACUCAGGCGAUGUUUUCGGGUGUUCUCGAAGUUCUAACAAGGCCUGGUGGUUUUUUUCUUGUUGUAUUCCCAGUUGUUCGGAACCCUGAAACCCAUCUUUAUAGCGUAUUUCGGCUUGGAACCGGUCAAUGGCGUUCAAUAUUUAAAUUUCGACUAAAUUCCCGCUGGAUUUGACGACGGAUUCACCAUUUCCGACCAAACUAUCGUAUGCGAAAACGCAAUGGUCUAGGUUCCACUGAGCUAUUUCAACAAAAAUGGCAAGCCUCACUGAAGGUAAUGACUUAACUUCAAUCUUCCUACCACGUUCGACAACAAUGGAACAGCUGUUUAAAAAACGUCCGGUUCCUUUGUGUCACCCUGUAUUAUACAUUUUUAUACAUAAUUAGAGUAGUUUUGUUAAUUUAUUAUCUGUUGAACAAGUGCAUUUGUUACUGUUUUGUCUUCCGUCAUUCAAGCUUUACAAUGUAAAUGUAACCUGGUUGAAUACUAAAUGUGAAUAUUGGAAAUAAAUAAUCAAAAUAUGA